AGCCGCGUUCGCAGCAGCUCGCAGUCCGAAGCCAACGCUCGAGCCUCGCGAGUCGCGCGUGUUGCCGUGAACGGUCGAUGCUCCACUGUCGCUAUAUACUUUCUAGUGCAAGUAACUGUUAACAGCCUACGUUGUCGAGCCAAGUUCAGUGCCGCUACUGUCAUUCGCGCAGUCUGCCACCGAAGCUGCAGAUUGGAGUCGACAAGUUGAUCUAUCGAAGAGGCACAAAUGUCGAGAACGAAAAGAUGGAAGAGUUGCAUGUCGGAGAACGCGCUGAUGUUGCUGACGGUGAUCGGCGUGUUCUUCGGCAUAGGCCUGGGCUUUAUCCUAAAAUACUCAAGAUCCGAAGAAGAUCCCUGGACGAAGCGAGAAAUCAUGUACAUCCAGUUUCCCGGUGACCUUUUCCUCCGCAUGCUCAAAGCUCUCAUUCUGCCCCUCAUCAUUUCCAGUAUUGUUAGCGCUAUAGGCAGUCUCGACCUUGGUCUUUCUGGUAAGAUUGGUAUGAGAUCGAUUUAUUAUUACGCAACUACGACCAUUUGUGCUGUAGUUCUUGGCAUAAUUUUGGUUACGACAAUACGACCUGGAACUUAUGGUAACGAGGCUGAUUUUUUAACGGAUGAGAACAAAGCUCCGAAAAGAAACAUUACCACUGCCGAUACACUUUUAGAUUUAAUCAGAAAUAUAUUCCCACCUAAUUUAGUUCAAGCCUGCUUAGCCCAAUAUCGAACCGAAUUGAUGCCACCAGCCAAUGCGACAAACGUAACGAACAAACAUGAAUGGACCAUAUCGUCAUCAUACGGAGAUGGUACAAAUACCUUGGGUCUCGUAAUUUUCGGUAUUAUUCUGGGAAUAGCCAUCGGUAAAAUGGGAGAGCAGGGCAAACCAUUGUUAGAUUUCUUCACAUGUUUAUCAGAAGCUAUGAUGGUCAUUACAAAUUGGGUUAUUUGGUUGUCACCAAUGGGAGUAACAUUCCUAGUAGCAUCUCAAAUCAUGGAGGUUAAAGAUUUUGCAAGUAUCGUUCAAUCGUUAGGAAUGUAUUUUCUAACGGUGAUGAUUGGACUAAUAUUGCAUGGCUUUGGUACUUUAUCCAUAAUUUUCUUUGUCUGCACGAGGGAGUUGCCAUUCCGCGCGAUCGGAAAAAUGAGUCAAGUUAUGAUAACUGCGUUUGGAACAGCCUCAAGUUCUGCUACUCUGCCUAUAACGCUUCAAUGCAUGGACAGUAUGGGAGUAGACUCAAGGAUAUCGCGAUUCGUGGUGCCGAUCGGUGCGACGAUCAACAUGGAUGGUACGGCGCUUUAUGAAGCUGUAGCUGCAAUUUUUAUCGCUCAAGUACGCCACAUUCCGAUGAGUAUCAGUAAAAUCAUCGGCGUAAGCAUCACUGCUACCGCGGCUAGCAUUGGCGCUGCCGGAAUACCCCAAGCUGGCCUCGUUACUAUGGUUAUGGUACUCAACACCGUUGGUCUACCUGACAAGGACGUCACUCUUAUUCUUGCCGUCGAUUGGCUUUUGGAUCGAUUCCGAACAACUGUCAAUGUUAUGUGCGAUGCUUUAGCAGCUAUAAUUAUAGAAAAGAUGAGCAAGGGAGAACUCGAUUCAGCGGACGCUGCGGUAGAUUUACAAGAGGCAACUGAACUUGCUCACUUAAGAAAAAUUGACGAUUAAAUUGUCU